AUGGCUCCGUCUCUUCGAGAGUUUGGCCGCAAGACGUCAUCACUGUUCUUUCGUGAUGAUAACCGUUCAUCCAAACAACCAAGUCGCUUCACGAUUCUGCCAGGCAUUGACGACGAGGAAUCUGAAAGCGACGAGGCUGGACCUUCAGGGAUGAACAAUCCAGAGCAAGAAACACCUCGUCCAGCUGCUACUUUUUCAAUCCUUCGCUACAUCAAUACCAAUUUCACUCCAGGAUCGAGCAUAGCAGACCUGGAUCCAGAGGAGGCUGAGGCUAUAAAUCGAUGCGACAUUCACACGCAAAUAAUCCGUGAAGUGGACAACAUGGCUACCCAGCCCAUCUCAUCAAGUCUCAUAUCCAUGAAUGCAAGGCAUGCCAAUGAACCAAUUCACGAACACACCGAUAACUCUCCAUCUGGAGGUACGAGCAGUGCCGCUUUUCGCAAGCAUCAGUCAGGCAAAGCCGUCAGUCCGAGCUAUCACCGCCACCAAGCAAAGUCAAGUGUGCCAGAAGGACUCGAGAAGGACUUUUAUCAAAGUCUUCGCCAACAGCAAAACGUAUCAAAAAGUUCAGAGGGAGUCGAGAAUGUCACAAUGAGAUCUGUCCGUGAAAGGUUGGCAUCAAUGUCGUCGAUCGCAUCAACGACUGAAUCUGAACGUGAAGACCGACUCCGUGGCAAGCUAGUCCGGACUGGGUCAAUGAACUGGCAAGUGACCGGCGUUGAGCGCACUGAUACCACUGGAGAGGCCACUCAAGAGAUCAAUCACACACCAACUGGUCUGACUAUUCAAGCCAGAGUCGAAAGUCACCAUCCUUCGGCCAACCGCCCAUGGGAUGACUUCUCCGAAUCCGAGUUCGCAGGAGACAGUCAAAGAGAGGUUGUCCAAGUCGCGCCUGGUCAGUGGGAACUGGCCUCUCGCCGAAAUAUCAACCCGACAUAUCAACUGAGACAAGACUAUCGGCCAAUGCACCCAAACCAAAUGCUGCCUGAGCAACUCUACCCUGAGACUUCCGUGUUUGCAGGCGACAACCCAACCAGAAAUGCGAGAGCUGACCCAUAUACCAACCCGUUGUGGCGCCCCCAAUAUGAACAUCCUGUAAUCCAGAACCUGAAUGCUGCAGUUCAACAUGCAUCCACAGACAUUCACGCCUUAUGGAAGGAGAAUCAGGUCUUGACUCGCCAAGCAGCUGAGGACGCACAAAGGAUUGAGGAACUUCAGCGACAAAUCGCAAGACUCACGGCAAUGAUGCAAACAACCGGUCUCGGUCAUGCCGUACCAGAGCGGAGAGAGCAACGUGAGGGGAGCAAUAUCGGUGAGAGCGAGACUGGCACCAGAAACCAAGCCGAUGAUGAGGUGACCUCUGAGUCUACUUAG